AUGUGUAAUUGCGAAUUGGAAGCGUUUCGUAAAGCGAUUAACAUGUCGUUUCUAGCCAUAGAUGUUGAUAGCGAAGGGCUUGGUGGAGUACUGGUCGUGUUCAGUUCUUUGAACGAGAUAUUACACCAUUGGUUGAAAGAAAUCGACUUAAAAAUUUUUGAGAGAGUCUAUGCAAAGAAGUUCAAAAUUGCGGGGAAAACAUGGUGGUUCAUCGGACUUGAACUGACCAAUUUGGAAAAGAAAGGCUGUAAUGAUGCGCACUCGCUUUUCGAGAGAUUUGUUUCGAGGAGCACUUUGAUGCAGUGGUUGGUAGAGAAACAUCGGUGUACUUCGGGGUCUUAUCGUUUAAGUGGCUCUGCCUCUAGGCGUGGAGAAGUGACGAAUUUUGAAGAAUUGAAAAGUAUACGAGAAGCAUGUCGAGUUGAGACCAAGUGGAUUGAAGAUUAUGCCAAUUGUGAGAAAGAAUUUAACUUUAUAGUGAAGGUUGAUAAAAGUUUAGUAACUAUGGAUACUUUACGCAUUUUGGCGUCAAAAUACCACUUCACUGGUGGAAAAUGGAUUUUAUUCCCCAUAGAACGUGAAAUGGUGCAGCCUGGGGAUUAUGAGAUUACUGCAUUGCAAGUUGUCAAUAAAAUAUUAAAAGACUUUCUGACGGGAGGAAUGUCGCAAUUAGAUUUCGUGAAUCAUUUAACGGUGUGUUUUUAUGGAAGGAACUGUGUAGUGUCAGUUGGUAAUAGCAUUUGUAAAGCUGGCUGGAAUGGCGCAGAGGAAAAUUGUCUUAAUGAAGACGGUCAGGUGCAACAUGUACUCUCAAUUCUAAAAAAACUAGAGUUGGAGGAUUUAGUAAAUAGAUUGGUAUAUAAAAAGAUGGUAUUAAGGGCUGAAGUUAGUGGUGGUUGUAGGUUGAUAUAG